AUGCUACAUAAUGGAUCAUUGAACGCUAUUGAGCUCGCCACUUGUCCCCGAGACUCAAACAACAUCACUCACAUUAUAUUCUCGUCCAACUUUAAUCAAGUGAUACUGCGCGAUACCCUACCAGACACGAUCACUCAUAUCAUAUUUCAAUACUGUUUCAAUCAAGUGUUACUACCCGGUACCCUGCCUCAAUCACUAGUCUCGUUGGUCUUUGGUUGCAACUUCAAUCAGAUCAUCGUGGCUGGCUCACUACCCCAUUCCCUGACCAAGUUAUCGUUUGGUCUUCAAUAUGAUCAGGAGAUUGAGCCAAACGCGCUCCCACACUCGUUGACAGAGCUGACGUUUGGAUACUCAUUCAAUCGAUCGAUCAUGCCCAAUACCCUGCCUAUGGGACUGCGCACACUGACCUUUGACUAUCGACACAAUCAAUUCAUACAUCAAGAUGCACUGCCAUCAUCCCUCACGAGUCUGACCAUGUCAAGGAAUUACAAUCAACAUCUAAUGCCACUACCGCCAUCUAUUACCUUUCUGGUAUUGGGUGAGGAGUUCAAUCAAAUCAUUGACGUUGGUGUGCUACCUACCUCCUUGCGCAAGAUACGAUUCAGUCGACAUUAUAAUAUGGAGUUCCAACCUGGAGUGCUACCUCAGGGCCUCCAAGUGAUCACCUUUGGCAACCUAUAUAAGUGUCAGCUCAACAACAUACCUUCAUCAAUAACAAAGAUUAAGCUUGGUUAUUGGUUUGAUGAAUGUCUUUUACCAGGUCAACUUCCAUCGUCGUUGACCAAGCUGACAUUCGGUGACAAGUACAACAAACCAAUACUCAAUGGAUCACUGCCUCAUUCGCUCACCUGUUUGAUCUUUGGUAAAGAGUUCAAUCAACCGAUAGAGUUGGGCAUGAUUCCUGAUCGCUUGGUCACACUAUUGUUUGGAAACAGAUUCAACAGUGUGAUCUCACCAGGUUCAUUUCCAUCAAAUACACUUAAACAAUUGUCACUUGGAUCGCGUUUCAAACUCCCAAUCAAACCUGGAACCAUCCCACCAUCAAUCACUCAGUUGAUCUUGCCAAAACAUUGGAACCAACCUCUUGGUGCUGACUCACUGUCACUGCCAUCAACGCUAACCUCAUUGACAUUUGCCAGGACAUUUAACCAGCCAAUUCGACAGGGCGAUCUGCCAGCUUGUCUUACCAAGUUGUUCCUAGGUAUAGAAUUUGAUCAGAUUAUCGAACCGGGUACUCUGCCCUCUCGUUUGACACACUUGUACAUUGGCGAUCACUAUGGCCAGACUUUGGUCUCUCGAUCGGAGCUCAUUUUUAACUUUGGAGGCAGGUUCAACAAACCCAUUGCGCCAGGUGUGUUGCCCAACUGCUUGCAGUACCUUGGUCUGAGCACAUGGUACAACCAGCCCAUAAGAAAGGGAAUGUUGCCACAAUCCCUGGUAUGGCUAGGCAUUAGUGAGAUAUUUAAGUCUGACAUUGAACCAGGUGCCGUACCAUCAGGUCUUCGAAUCCUCAACAUCUAUAACCUUGUCAAACAGGGACAUUAUAUCGAUGUGAUAGCUGGCAUUGCAGAGGCGUCAAACAACGACGGGUUGGAAGUCUUUGUAUAUGAGAUGAUACAAAAGAGUUCGAUGAAAAUACCAAUAGUCAAAGCAUCAAUAUGGCGUCUAUAG